AAUGAGGUUAGUUGUUAAAACGUCACCGUUAUCGUCUCUCAGUAAUUUUAUCACCCAAUGAUCCAUAUUUUGACAAGGCUAUUUCAGUAACGAGUUUUCACCGACCCGAUUAUUCCGGAGAACCAGGACCAAAACCGUAGUUUGCGUACAGGUUUGGCUGUAAUUUAUUCCCUAGUCCAAAAAUAGGUGUACACUUGUCAUCAUACCCUUAGAUAUAGGUUCCAGCGAAAACGAGAACAACCAAGGAUCUGUUAGCAUUCGAGCGAUAUAAAGGAAAGCUCAUUUGAUAUUUUCAGAAAUUUUGAACCUAAUCAGAACGGGUUCUUCAGGAUCUCUUCGUCGUUGAAUCCACCAGAUAGUACUUCAAGAUGGCUGACGGUGAAGACAUUCAACCACUUGUUUGUGAUAAUGGAACUGGAAUGGUUAAGGCGGGGUUUGCGGGUGAUGAUGCACCAAGAGCGGUUUUCCCGAGCAUUGUAGGCCGCCCUCGUCACACGGGUGUGAUGGUUGGGAUGGGACAAAAGGAUGCUUAUGUUGGAGACGAGGCUCAGUCAAAACGUGGUAUCUUGACUCUCAAAUACCCCAUUGAGCAUGGAAUUGUUAACAAUUGGGAUGACAUGGAGAAGAUUUGGCAUCACACUUUCUAUAACGAGCUUCGUGUCGCCCCUGAAGAACAUCCAGUUCUCUUAACCGAAGCUCCUCUUAAUCCAAAAGCUAACCGUGAGAAGAUGACUCAGAUCAUGUUUGAGACAUUCAAUGCUCCAGCUAUGUAUGUUGCCAUUCAAGCUGUUCUCUCACUCUAUGCCAGUGGUCGUACAACUGGUAUUGUUUUGGACUCUGGAGAUGGUGUGAGCCACACGGUACCAAUCUACGAGGGUUACGCUCUUCCACACGCAAUCUUACGUCUUGACCUAGCGGGUCGUGACCUAACCGACUACCUUAUGAAAAUCCUGACAGAGCGUGGCUACUCUUUCACCACGAGUGCUGAACGUGAAAUCGUUAGAGACAUGAAAGAGAAGCUCUCUUACAUUGCUUUAGAUUACGAACAAGAGCUAGAGACUUCCAACACAAGCUCUUCAGUUGAAAAAAGCUUCGAGCUACCUGACGGACAAGUGAUAACUAUUGGAGCAGAGCGGUUCCGGUGUCCAGAAGUUCUGUUUCAGCCAUCACUGAUUGGAAUGGAAAAUCCAGGAAUCCAUGAAACCACAUAUAAUUCUAUCAUGAAAUGUGAUGUGGAUAUUAGGAAAGAUUUGUAUGGGAACAUUGUGCUAAGUGGUGGAACCACAAUGUUUGGUGGGAUUGGUGAUAGAAUGAGCAAAGAGAUUACGGCCUUGGCUCCUAGUAGUAUGAAGAUUAAGGUCGUGGCUCCACCAGAAAGGAAGUACAGUGUUUGGAUCGGUGGUUCUAUAUUGGCUUCACUCAGUACUUUCCAACAGAUGUGGAUUGCAAAAGCGGAGUACGAUGAAUCUGGACCAUCAAUUGUGCAUAGAAAGUGUUUCUAAUCAAACAACUCAUGCGAAUGAUAUCCGAAGUGAAAGAAAAAACGUUGUCAAAAAAAAACUUAAAACAUUUCGAUCUUUUCUACCAAUUGCAAUUUUUGUUUAGUUACAUUUUUAUGCAAAUUGUUCUUUGUAAUUUUGUUUCGAAGCAACUUAACCAAUGUCAGUAAAAUUCUUUAAUAAUUAUGUAUACCAUAUCAAUAGUGUU